AUGCCAUUGGAGUUUCCAGCUGGGAGGCGCAGUCUCGUACAAGAACCUUCUCUUCCUCUUUCGAAAAGUAGCAAAAGCAUACUCGUUCUUAUCGAUCCCAUUUUAAGGAAAAAUCCUGAUGUUGGUAAAAUAUACGUGUUGAUCAAGGACAAUGAAGCAGCCAUGAAAAGAUUGAAGAACGAGGUAGAAGAUACUGAGUUGUUCAGAUGUUUACAGGAAAUCCAUGGGAAAAACUACCACAGCUUUGUAUUAAGCAAGCAGGUUCCAGUCAUUGGUAAUUCCAGGGAAGCCUACAUUGGCAUUGCUCCUGAGUUAGCCAAAGAGAUCGCGGAAGAAGUGGAUGUUAUCGUAAACUCUGCAGCAAAUACCACUUUUGAUGAGAGGUUCGUGAAGCUAUACUAG